ACUGGAUGUUCCCCUCAGUACAGAUAGCCCCCCAACACCCCAAAAACAUCUCUCUCAGGAUAAGUGAGCUAAGGAACUUUCAAAACCAUGCGAUGCACUGGUCCUUUGUUUUGGGUAAUGGAAUAAUGUGAGCUAUUUUGAAUGCAAAUAUCAGAACAAUAGCUUAGUUUUUUUUUUUUUUUUUUUUUGUCUGUUUGUUUGUUGUUUGUUUUUUGUUUUGUUUUUUCAAAUCUCAAACAGCAUCAGAUUUUAUGACGAUUUAAUUGUUUAGUGACUGGCUGCCAACUGUACAUUGUUGCUGUAAGUAGGCCCUAUUAGCUACUAAGUUACAAAGUAGGCCUAUAACCUAAUUUAUUGGUCAAUGAUACAUUCAUGACACCAACAUUAAACAUAAAUUGUUGCUAAUAGGCCUACUAAAUUACAGAUGGUGAAAUAGUAAAAAUUACUUUCCAAGUGAGUAAUGACGCCUCUUCAUGUCUCCCAGUUGUUCUUCGCGGUCCACAGUGCCAUCUGGUGGACAUGGACCUAAGUGUAAAAACAAGAAAAUAGCAUACUAACAAAACUAUGUAAAUUCGCCUGUUUUGUUAUUAGACUGAAAGGGACUACAGUUAUUUUCUCUGACAACACUGUUCAUGAUUCGUCGCGUGAAGUAUUAAUUCAUUACCUCCAUUAUGUCAAUCUCAAAUCGCACAAACACACAGAAAGUCCCAUCAGGCGCGCUUACCUGCGGUUCACCACCUGUCGGAAAUGGCGUUCUCCCUGGUAACCACAUGGUGGGUAAAAUCUGGAGUGCAUCCUGGAAACUGGCGACGCACCGGACGAGGAUAAAGCACGCAUAAACUGAAAAUGGAGAAGUAUGAAAAGCUUGCCAAAAUCGGUGAGGGUUCCUACGGUGUAGUGUUCAAAUGCAGACACAGAGACACCGGUCAGAUUGUUGCCAUCAAGAAGUUUGUGGAAUCUGAAGACGAUCCAGUCAUUAAGAAGAUUGCAUUGAGAGAAAUACGCAUGUUAAAGCAGUUAAAACAUGUGAAUCUGGUGAACCUACUGGAGGUGUUCCGGAGGAAAAGACGGCUGCAUUUGGUCUUUGAGUUUUGUGAACAGACCGUCCUCAAUGAGCUGGACAAACACCCCAGAGGUGUCCCCGAGGCCCAGCUCAAGAGUAUAGUGUGGCAGACUCUCCAGGCUGUCAACUUCUGCCACAAGCACAAUUGCAUCCACCGUGAUGUCAAACCAGAAAACAUCCUUCUGACCAAAACUGGUGUAAUCAAACUGUGUGACUUUGGCUUCGCUCGGAUCCUGACUGGGCCGGAGGAUGACUACACUGACUAUGUAGCAACGCGCUGGUAUCGAGCCCCUGAGCUGUUGGUGGGGGACACUCAGUAUGGGGCUGCUGUGGAUGUUUGGGCUCUGGGCUGUGUCUUUGCUGAACUUCUCAAUGGGAACCCCCUCUGGCCUGGGAAGUCCGAUGUUGACCAGCUUUACCUGAUUCAGAAGACUCUAGGUGACCUGAUCCCCCGACAUCAGCAGGUGUUUCGGUCCAAUGUUUUCUUCAAUGGAGUCAGCAUUCCUGAACCAGACACUACAGAGCCCCUUGAAAAGCGCUUCUGUGGUGUUUCUGCUAGUGCCCUCCAAGUAAUGAAGUCAUGUCUGGUGAUGGAUCCCUCUCUGCGGCGGUCAUGUGAGGAGAUCCUGGAGCUGCCGUACUUCCAGGAGGAGGCGGCAAACUGGGCCAGAGACACAGAUCGCCCCGGGAGACGCCACGACAAGGGCUCCAGGCGCAGACAAGCAGGGGCCCAGUACCUGCCACAGUUACCACACUGCAAUCUCUCUCCAGCACCUGAUAUAAAGAAACAGGUGAAGCAUAAAUAUCAUCUCCCAAACAUCUAGAUUUAAAAGACAAAAAGAAUUUAGCUUUAUGUAUGAACAUUCUUUAAGUCAUUACAAAAACAAUAACUCUCCUAACAUACAAUAUCAACCCAUUUCCUUAUUGGCAACAGGCACAUUUCAGUAAAGUCAUGAAGAUGUUUAAAUGCCACAGAUGUGCCAUCCUCUAUUGGCAUGCUUUAUGUGCACUAAGAGCAAAUACUUUUAUCUAUAUGUAAUUACUAAAUACAUAAUUUGUGUUUAUAGAAAAUACUUUAUAUUCUGCACUACUGUAUACUUGGGCAUCUCACAUAAGUGUAAUGUGAAACAAUAACUGUAAUGCGUGAAUAGCCACCAGUGUGGUGUUUUUGUUUACCAUUUGCAAUUAAAACAUCUUCUGCUUCUA